ACAGUGCCUCCAUCAGCCUCCAGGCCGGGCGGAGGAACCGAAUGCGGAGGGGAGGGCCGGGGGCAGAGGUGGCUCAGCUGCGCCUCCUCUAGGUCAGGGCCCUCCGCAGGCAAGCCGGGCUGCGGUUUCCUUCUCCGCCCCCGAGCCCUCCCCCUUUGCAGCCCCACCCACCGGGAAGCUACUACAGCGCCUGCGUCAAUUCUGCCCUGCCUAGUUCCCCGGCUACUGACCGGAUGUUAGCCGAUUUCCCAUAGUGCCUUGCGAGUGGCGGGCAUGAGCGUAAACUACAGAGGGUCACCAGCGGGUUCUGUUCGUCAUUGUUGGAGUUCUGUUGUGCCGCGGGGGUGUAGGAGGGUGGCGCCUGGUCGCUGCCUUGUAAGUUGGUGCAAUGGCGCUUUUCCGGGGCGUGUGGAGCGUGCUGAGUGCACUGGGAAAGUCCGGAGCGGACCUCUGCGCGGGCUGUGGAAGUCGACUGCGCUCUCCCUUCAGUUUUGCAUAUGUACCGAGAUGUUUUUCAUCCACCGUGAAUAGUUAUCCAAAGAAGCCUCUGACUUCAUACGUUCGAUUUUCUAAAGAACAGCUACCCAUAUUUAAAGCUCAGAACCCAGAUGCGAAAAAUUCAGAACUAAUUAGAAAAAUUGCCCAGCUAUGGAGGGAACUUCCUGAUUCAGAGAAAAAAAUAUAUGAAGAUGCUUACAGGGCAGACUGGCAGGCAUACAAAGAAGAGAUAAACAGAAUUCAAGAACAGUUAACUCCAAGUCAGAUUGUAUCUUUGGAAAAAGAAAUCCAGCAAAAACGUUUAAAAAAGAAAGCAUUAAUAAAAAAGAGAGAGUUAACAAUGCUUGGAAAACCGAAAAGACCUCGCUCAGCUUACAACAUUUAUAUAGCUGAAAGGUUCCAGGAACAUAAGGAUGGUACAUCACAGGUAAAGCUGAAGACUAUAAAUGAAAACUGGAAAAAUCUCUCCAGUUCUCAAAAGCAAGUGUAUAUUCAACUUGCUAAUGAUGAUAAAAUUCGUUAUUAUAAUGAAAUGAAAUCUUGGGAAGAACAGAUGCUUGAAGUUGGACGAAAUGAUCUCCUACGUCGCACAGUAAAGCACCAAGCAAAAAAUGGCAUUGAAGAAUAUUAAAAUAGAAGAUUGAGUUAUGUUCAUAAUGGAUAGACACAAGAAACCAAUUAGGUCUCCAUAUCUGAUGCUGUUGAAAAUUAGAAAGGAUAAAGUUGGUGAACAUUUUAUAUUUAAUUCCUUUUUCUUUAGCCCAUGGACUUCUGCCAGUUGAAUACAUUUUGUAUUAGUAUCUUGCUUUGGAAAACCCAAACAGAUAAAAAGUUCAUGUGAAAUUUACUUUGUGUUAAGGAACUACUGAGAAUCACAAUAAUCCAUGAAAUGCAGUAGUGAAUCAUUUUACCUUUGAUAAAGGUAAAUCAGACUGUGAAGUUUUUCUUACUUGAUGACUGGAAAGAGUAUUCUUGUUUCCUUAUAUAUAUAUAUGGAUGCAGGAGUUUCAUAUUCAAAAGUGCCCCAAAUUGUAGAAGUCAUGGUGUUUUAUGAUACAGUUGUACAUGUUUAAAAGAGGGGUGCCUGGGUGGCUCAGUCGGUUUUACAUCUGAUCUUGGUUUCGGCUCGGGUCAUGGUCUCACAGUUCAUGAGUUUGAGCCCUGCAUCCGGCUUUGCUCUGAUGGUGUGGAGCCUGUUUGGGAUUCUCGCCCCCCCCCCCCCCCCGCCCCCCCCUUCCCUCACCUGUUCUCUCUCUCUGACCCUCCCCGCUCGUACCCUCUCUCUUUCUCUCUCUCUCAAAAGAGCACCCAGUACUCAUAUAUGUAAAUGCCAAUUCCUAGGUAUAAUUCAUAUAUUCAGAAUUGAUAGUUGUACUUGCAAGGAAUUGCUGGUUUCAGUUGCAACUUUUUAUAAAAGGGAUGGAGAGAUUUAUAAACGUUUUCCUUAUUGCCUUGUUUCCUAAAGUAAAAACCAAGAAAUUGUGUACCAAAUCUAUGCAUAUUGUUUUAUAUUGCAUAGAAUAAAAAUUUUAAAUGUUUCCUAA